AAGUUCGACCAAUAUUAAAAGGUUUUGUUGAGGUUGGCUCUUAUGGUAUAUUGGCGUGAUGGUCUAAGCAGCACUCCAAUGUAUAUCGGGUUGAUUACAAGAGAAGCACCGUUACAAUUCGAACAUGGACAAAGUAGAUUUGAACUGACUUCUUUUCAGACAGUUUAGAGUAAAUUAAUGUCCAGUUAAGCACGGACGAAAGCAUUAAAUUGCACAUAGAUUUCGUAAGGGGAUAUACGAAAGCAUUGUUUUGUUUCUAGCGACCACCUUGUCUUCUAAAUGGUAAAUAAAUUGGUUUAUCGUGGAAACCCACCACAGACAUUGCUCAGGCAAAUCGAGACUGACAUUUUGAAGUUAUUGCUUCAUUAUUUGUCAUGUUUCUUUAUGUAUCAAUUUCUUGAAGGGAGGGGGAAAUGAGCGCGGGGAACGAAACAAGGGAGAAAAGGAAAGGCAAAAUAAAGGCCAGAGAAAAGACAAAUGGAGGAUGUAAAAAGUACCGGAAUGUACUUUGAAGUCUGCCAGAUCACAAUAGGAUGUCUCAAUGGACCGAAAACUCAGUGCUUCAGUGGAUUUGAUAUUCCCAAAGCAUUUGAAGAAUAGCUCCAUUAAGCAAAGCUUGGCAUUCUGUGAAGUGAGCCGAGAAAGCAAUGAUCUAAAGGUUUGGGAAGCAAACUUCUGAGCAUGGUACUCUGAUGUUGCAACUUUGUUGCCGAUGAGGCACUCUAGAAUGGAAACAUUCUAAGCAAAGAUACAAUAAAGCUCCCUAUUGUCUAAUACUGAGCAGGUUCUGUACCAGAAAACCUCCAGCCUAGCCAAGCUCAGCAAUGGUCAAUAAACACAUUUAGACCAAUAAAUGCAUGUUUGAGAGUGAUGCGAUGAGCAAUUAAAUGGCUAAUAUAUCUGGUAAAGGAUGGACUGAGAAAGAAUGGCCAACAGUGGGCAAAUCAUCCUGUUCCGUUCAUGCAGUUAUAUAUCUCGUGGUUCAAACGGUCACAAUCGUUCUCAAUCUUGUAGCUGUCGUUUUACUGUCAAAACUGAAAGGAUACAACAGAAACACGUGCCAUCUGGUAGUUCGAGUGCUCGUUGUAUCGGAUGUCUUAGGGGCAGUAUCUAACUUGAUACCCAUAGCACUCUCUUGCUCUGGGUAUAAACUGACCAAAACUGACGUAUGUCAGGCAUUUGGUUUCAUCUCUACAGUGCUACUGCUAUGGGCUGCCCUCAUCGUUUUAUUAAUGUGUGCUUUGAGAUACUUUUGUGUUGUGAGGCCCUUGUUUUACAGAACUCAUAUAACAUACAGCAUUGUGCGUUGGAUCUUAUUCGGUUUGCUUCUUUGGUCCGCGAUUCAUAUACUACUUCCCCUGUUUCACAUUGGCAGAUUCAAAUUCUACAGCAAGGGACAAUAUUGCGCAUUCGAGAUUCCACCGAAGACGAAGAAAGAUUUUGCUUUGGUACACCUUGUAGUCUGGGAGGGUUGGUGCCUAAUCAUUAUCCAAAUAUGGCUGACGACAAGGAUGAUCCGUGAGCUAAGAGUAAAAAAGAAAUGGACAUCGAGGUUAUCGUUUCAACAGAGACGUGGGGUUCACGCAAAUGGAAUUCUACAGAAGGGAUACACAAUGAUGACUGUCAUAAUUGUGUCGAUAUUCCUUAUAUGCUACAUUCCUUUUUUGACAUACAGGGCUUUGACAUUGCUGAAGUUACCUGUAAACGAAUCCUAUCACUUCUACUUGCAUCUGCUGGCUCAUAUCAACCCAAUGCUUAACCCAAUAUUGUACGUAUCAUGUAAUCGAGGCUAUAAAUCGGCUCUCAGAUCGAUGUUGGGAAAAGUCUGUAGCUGCCUCGCAGAGCCAGUUAGACGGCUGAGCAUUACCAAUUCGCUCAACAUGUCUGUAUUUUCAUAUGCGUCACGAGAAGGGACUUUGUCAAAGCUAACAAGAUCAAGAGCUGGGACUUCGACGACCUUUCUUGAAGUACCCGGCUCUAAAAAGUUCUCCCUAAAGGACGAAUCGGAGGGAAAAGGAGUCAAAAGGCGAAGAGGAAAACGGAACUCAAUCGAUGUAUCAACAGUAGGAAGUCCAACAAGAGGACUAAAAAAAGAAUUUCUCUUCACUAAAAGUCGGAAUGGAUCAAUAAUAGAAGAGGUAUUUGAAAAUCAACACACUGGUAUACAACAGGAUGAUCCACCGAUUAUAAGUGCAUAUUUAAGCUCUUCCUGCCCAGUUUCAGCUGCGCAAGAAAAUCCAUAUGUUUUUGACAACUUGAAACUAGAACAAGAAAGAAAAAUGCGCGGUGUGAGCAUUUCUUCCAUUAUCUAUGCAGUGGAUAACUUAACUGUACAUAGGGCUCCCUCGCCAAGCUCAAAUGACGUCACAUUGGUAAAUGCUGGAAAUAACGCAGCGAUUGAUGGAGACGAGGAAGAUGACAAUGUAUUUCUUGACAAUCAGGGACAUACAAUUUCUCCUAAACAGUCUCGGUAGCUUUAUUGCUUAUUUCAGAUCGUAGAGCCGCUAAAAAUGAAAGUUCCUCGAUGUUAUUUCUUUUGAUUGUAUAUAAAGGUCAUUGAUACUGUUAUUUUCUUCGGAGUAGGAGGGGGUAGGGGUGGGCCUUUUGAUAUUCUUUUAUGGAAAGUUGUUGUGGUUUUAAGUGUAUGGCCUCGCCUCGCACUCUUUGCGUUUGAAGAAUUCCCCACUGGCUUCACAUCAUAUUCUAUGUUUAUUUAUCUUAGACAUUAUUGCUACCUCUCUGCUUUAAUUAGCUACGUAGGAUUUAGAAUGAAGUAUCCAUAAUAAGUGAAAUGGUCAAGAAAUGAGAGCGCAGUUUGAAUACUGUAUUUAAAGUUUCAGUCUUGGAUAGUUGGAGCAUCGCUAAAUUCGAUGACACACCUUUGUUCCAGGGAGGGGCUUUGACAUCAACAUGACUCCUAUAGAAACAGUUUUUUAAAUCUCAUAAUAACAAGAAAAGGCUUUUUGUUCAUUGUAUCUUAUAGGUG